GGUUGUAAGAUAUUUACGCAUGGGAGACACCGAUUUUGGCGUGAAUUCGUAGUUUGUAUUCAUUUGAUAAACAGCCCUGUUAGGUUACACCCUAAUAGCGAUAAUACGAGUAUAUUUUGGAGGAUGUCUACUUCCUGAGGAAUUUUGCAGUGGGCUAAGAUUUUCUUCCCAUUCAGAACUGAAAUCAUUCAGCAAACAAUCUUGAGUAUCUACGUUCCUACGUGGCAUUUAAAAACCGGUACUGUUUAAACAAUUCUAUAAAUCGCUCAUCAGCAUGUCCUCGAAAAGGAUUUUCAACAUCAUAGUGAUCACUUCAACAUUUUGGUUUUCUGUAACUAUACUAGUUUUGAUGUUCAAUAGUGAAGUUACGCGGGAAUCCUUAACAAUGUUGAACGCUCCGAUCGUUUUGGAUAAAAGCGACCAUCAUUACAUGACUGGUGCAGGAGUGCAACCUUUACGGCCCGUUGAAAAGCACAUUAAAUAUCCAUGGGAAAAAGAUCCUUCUGAAAAGCCUUCAACAAGGGACGGUAUUUUGUCUAAUGCUGCUAAGGUUUUGGGCGGUGUGAUUUCAUCGAACUCUGAGGGUUCUAGAAAAAGGACAGUUUACGAUGCAAGUUUAGCUAAACGCACCAACCCAGGCGGUUUAGGAGAAAAUGGACAACCAGCCUUUUUGACCGACGAAAAAGAUAAAAAGCUUUCUGAACAGCGUUUCGGAGAUCACUCUUUCAACUGGGUCCUUAGUGAUAAGAUAUCAUUGGACAGGACUUUGCAAGAUAUGCGGAGUGAUGGGUGAGUGUUCUGGCUAAAUUAUCUACCUGUAGUUUUUAAAUUUUUAAAUGCUCUUGAAAAUAAUGGCUGGUGAAUGUCAUCUUGAUGAUUUUCUGUUUUCUUAACAGAAAAUUGUUGGUAUCACUGGAUCAGUGGCACAUUGCAUUAAAUCAGAUAUUUUCAUCCACCUACAGUAAUCUCUUUUUGUAUUAAUCCUCUUGUUAAUAGCGUUUUAGUGGAGACUAGACACUUAACAGAUAAAAUGAAGAGCUAUUCAUGUAAUUUUUUUCUUUCCAAUGUUAUUUAGGAUUUGCCAUCUACAGUUCUUCUAAAAUUCCAUACAUGUUGAUGCUUUUGAUUCUUUGUAGAAAAUAAAACCACCUUGUUAAUUAUUUAUUUUUGUAAAAUCCAACUGGUGGUCUAUCAUUGAUUGGUUGAGCUACUACUAGGCUAUAUGUUAUAGCCCCCUAGUAGCAAAAAGUGUGGGCUUUUUGGCGGCAAAAAAGGAUUAAAGUGUAGCUUUGACUAGCUAAAAGUUUUUUAUUCUCGAUAUUUUUGACCAACUAGUUGGAUUUCAUUAAAACGAUAAUUAUUCCUCUCGCCCUCAUGGCCUCUGAGUCAAUAGUUAUUAUUAUUAUUGUUGUUAUCAUUAUUAUUAUUAUUAUCCAUUUAGCUCAGGGCUUUGGCUGUUCUCAUGCUGACUUAUAUCCUAAGGGAGCAAUUCAGAACAAAUGACCAAGGGUCCUAUGGGAAAUAACAAAUAUCAAUGAUAUUAUUAAUACUAUUAUUAUAAUUAGAAAUUUUUGGAUGUAGAAUUAUGAAGUAUCUUUUAUCCAAGCACUCUGUAUUGUUGUCCAUAAAUCAGACCACAUUACACAGUUAAACAGAAGAGGUUUAAUCAGCUGUUUGGCAUAUGGAAAUGAACCUGCUAGUGUUGUUGUUUUUUUUUUCAGUUCAACUUUAAAUUGAGCAUAAUAAAGAAAUUUAAACAAAACUCAAUCUGUCUUACAGUUGUAAAGCCAAAUUUAACAGUUACCCAGCCAAGCUUCCAACCACUACUGUCAUAAUCUGCUUUCAUAAAGAGCGGCUGUCUGUCCUCCUGCGCACUGUUCAUAGUGUUAUUAACAGGACACCUCCUGACCUGUUAAGUGGAGUUAUUAUUGUGGAUGACUUCAGUGAAGAUGGUGAGUAAAACAAAAUAAUUUAGAAUUAAAAAGGAAAACUCAUUUACUGUCACAAACAAUAAAUAUUUCUUUAGAGUAUUAUUUUCAUACAGUUUUCUGAAAGGCCAGGUGUUUUAUUGUCAGGGGUGAUUACUUUUUGCAUUAGGGUUUUUUGCCUGAGUUAAUGUUCUUUUGUUUUGCAGCACUUAAAAUCCAUUUUCGCUUUUUAAUUUCAAGCUUACAGUUGUCAUGGUCUGCUAGCAAAACUAUAAAAAAUAGUAACAGUAAAUGAUUAAAUACUUUGAGGCUGCAUGUUUGAUGUAUGUUAAAGCACCGCUAAUUCAUUAUUACUAUUUGAAGCUAUGGUACUUCACCAGAUUAAGAAGCAAGCUUUAAUGCUACAUACAUAGUCAUGAAAAUGAAUGACUUCUCACUAUAAUUCUCACUAUCAAUAAUCAGGUGAAUUGUUGAUCUUUUCCUAUAGAAAGACUUGGCAAACCUUUAGACGAUCAUGUGGCCACCAUGAGUAAAGUGACAGUAAUAAGGAACACUAAGCGCGAGGGGCUUGUACGUGCACGCCUAAAGGGAGCUAGAGCUGCUAAGGGUGAUGUCCUUACAUUCCUGGACUCUCACUGUGAGGCAACACCAGGUUGGGUAGAGCCUUUGUUGGCACGUAUAGCUGAAUCACGCUCCAAUGUCGUGUGUCCAGCAAUUGAAGUGCUGAAUGCUGAUACAUUUGCGUAUCAGGGAUCUGCUAAUGCUGAUCAACGAGGAGGAUUUGGAUGGGAUCUGUUCUUCAAGUGGAAGGGAAUUCCCCCAGAGGAGCAGAAGCUCAGAAAGGAUCAUACUGAUCCCAUCAGGUUGGACCUUGUUUUGGAGUCAACUUUCUUUUUUUUUUUCAGUCAGUGGCCGCUAGGUUGUGUGAGCUUCCAUGCCAUAGUCUUGGAGAAUAAAAAUCCAUCUUGCCGACUCAUCUUUUUGUGGUUGGUCAGUAAUACAAUUAAUGGUUAGAACAAAAAGCCACAUGGACAACCACAGCGAUAGUGGCAUAGAGCACAUUCCCUAAUUUAUAAUACUGCAUUUAUAAUACUGCAAUCUAAUCAGGUGUUAGUUGGUUGACCACGACUCAACUCUGCCUUAACAUUUUUCUCAUAAGGACUUUCUCUAUAUAGCUUUAAUGUUUGUUAAAACAAUGUUUUAUUAUUUGAUGAGAUCGUCAAACCCUCCAAUAUAUCACUUUUUAGUAAAAUCCAACUAGUGGUCUAUUAUCAAUGCUGCGUUCUGAUUGGCUGAGCUACUACUGGGCUAUACGUUAUAGCCCACUACUAGCGAAAAGAGCCGGCUUUGAAAAACAAAACAGUGGUGGCUGAAUCGCGUUUUGCUAGCUAAAGUUGUUUUGUGUCGAUAUUUUUGACCAACUUGGUGGAUUUUACUAAAACAUGGGAUGUUGACUCAGAGCCCAUUCAGGCUCGAGGAAUAAAUGCGAAGUAUUUGUUAAUUGCAGGACGCCUACCAUGGCUGGAGGGUUAUUUUCAAUUCAUAAACAGUAUUUCUUUGACACUGGCUCCUACGAUGAGGAGAUGGAUAUUUGGGGUGGAGAAAAUCUUGAGCUUUCCUUUAGGGUAAGGUGCUGUUAUGAUCACGCUAGUUUGUUGCUUGUUUUUAGCGUUCAAAUCAAAAUAUAGGGAUAGAGCAUGCAAACCACCGCAAUUCACUUAUGUCUUAAAUCAAAGCAAGUUAAGACUAGAGGAAACCAAGGUUUACUAACAACAUAAAACCUUAAUUUUGUAAAUAUCCAAUAGCCCACAUUAGAUAUAUUAAAAUUCUAACAUGACUUUGAGGCUUUAGGGUCAAAAUUGCAAAUUAUUCACGACUCCAUUGUCUUGCAAUUCCCAGAAGAGAAUUGAGCACAAAGAUAACCAAACCAAAUAUAGUAAAAUGAUCUUAAAGACUCGGAGUCAUGUUAGAAUUUAUAUAUAUCGAACGUGGGCUAUUUAGAGCACUCUCAGAUCUACGUUUGUUUUGAAGAGUGUCCUGCAGGCAUGCCCGCGGACCACCGAAGCUGUCCCGAAGAUGAUGAUUUGUUCAUUAUUACGUAUCGUGUUUAGGUCUGGAUGUGCGGUGGGCGCCUGGAAAUCGUACCAUGCUCGCGUGUUGGUCACGUGUUCCGAAAGUACACCAGUCCUUAUAAGUUCCCGGAUGGAGUAGAGAAAACGUUGAACAAGAACUUUAAUCGUUUAGCGGAAGUAUGGAUGGAUGAAUACAAGGAGCUGUACUAUAACAAGAAACCUCAGGCACGAAACAUGGAUUAUGGAGACAUCAGCGAACGAGUGGCACUCAGGAAAAAACUGGGCUGCAAAAGCUUCAAGUGGUACAUAGAAAACGUGUAUCCUGAUGUUCAGAUGCCCGAGCUGAACCCACCCGCAAGUGGAGAGGUAAGAUUACUUACAGACUAUCCCUGGGGGGGGGGAGAAUGGGGGCUACUUUACAAAGCUUCACCCGGGGAGGCUCCGCCCUAAGAUCCAAGCCCUUUCCCUUUUAUAUACCAUUUUUGGUAGAAAAGGUACCCCUUUCGUCUACCUUCUACUUCUUGUGACAAAAUUAAUGGUACUACCCCUUUCACAUUCCAAGUUUAGAAAACUGCAUGGCGGACUGCACUUUUUGUUUCUUCCCCAACGGACCCCCCGACCUGGAAAGUCGUAGUAUGCCACGUUAGAUGUUCGUCUAACAGUUUUUUGUUAGAUAAGUUUUUUGUUUUCUCCAGAGACAUUCAGCUACUCUUUGUCUUUUGUGCUUGUUUAUUGAAUCAUUAAAAUGUUAGCUGCGUUGUAUAACGACGUCCGUGAGUUCUUUCCAGAACGAACAGAAGUAAUGUUUUGAAACAAAGACGCCUAAAUUGCAUCACUGUGAGAUCAUAGCGCAAGUUCCAGUCACUGCAAAAAGCAACUGAGCUAAAAUUAGGACAAAAAAAUUCUUUGAGAUAAUUACGUGCUUUUUUAACUAGCAACGGGUUUGUAACAAGUUUGGCAGAAGCAACACGUGGUUAUUAGGAUUUCCUUGAAUGGUCCAUAUACUUGUAGGAGACUCAUUUCCUGUCUUUCAUAUGUGCUCGCAGGUUCGUAAUCCUGCCAGCGGUUACUGUCUGGAUUCCCUUGGUGCCAAACCUGAACAUUCAGCUCGUAUGGGAGUUUAUAUCUGCCACGGACAAGGUGGAAAUCAGGUGGGUAUUGAUUAACCAAUCAUAGAGUUUGAUGUCACACAUGUGACCUGAAACCAAUUAGAUUAGCUCCACUCAAGAACAGAGCUGCACGUUCAGUUCCGCAUGCUUUUGCUGAUGUAAUUUGCUGUUAGAAAGCGGCGAGAACAACGACGACGUCAUAACACAGAGUUUUGUAAAUAAAUUAGUACAUAUGAUUGUCUGUUCGACUGUCUUUCUUUCUUUUACUAUGCAAACUGGAGCGCCGUACUUAAACCUUUUUCGUACUUUGAUUACUUGAAAAAAAGGGUGCAUGGAAGGAGCGAAUGGUAGUGAGUCUGUCAUCUUUCUUGAUGUGCUGGAUAUUAAAGGUCGCUAUUGAGUGAACUAGUAACAGGCCAGACGUCAACUUUUAAAGAUCGUAUAAUUACUUUUGCGACUGAGCCAGCGUAAAAUGUAAAUAAUAACGCUGGAUUGUGCAUUUAUUAAAGAUGCUGAUACUGUCGUCAAAAGGCGAGAUAAUAUUCGAAGAGGAAAACUGUUUGGAUGUGUCAAAGUCGUAUGCAGGUGCACCAGUAGAAAUACUCAAAUGUCAUGGAAUGGGAGGAAAUCAAAAGUGGGAACACAGCAAAGCAUCGGUAAGUCAGUUGUACAGCAGUUUGUAGGUGUAGCGGAAUAUUCCUUAAAACCCCAGCUUAAAGGAAUAACAGUUUUUUUUAAUUUUUUUCCGCCUCUGGUGCUGUUACAGCAGCGACUAUUCCUCAGAUUUUAGGUUGCACGUCUGAAACUAUCGCUCGUAUUCCAGCCCCUCUCUGUAUACGCCGUGUUGCCCACAACUGAUCACUACUUUGCGAAGACUGCUUAUUAAUGUCAGGGACAAAGACAGAACGGAAGACAGACAGGGAGCAGUAUACAAUAUCAAAUACUGCGACUGCCAGGCCACUUACAAUGGUAAAACGGGCAGAAACUUUAGCACGAGCUACAAGAAAUGAUGAUGUCAUCAAUACCAUUUACAGUCAGACAAAGCAUCCCAUCGAUAGGGUCCGGCUCUGCUGAAUGUAUUACGUAUUCUACAAGCUUUUCCCGACGACUUACUGUAAUGUCUAACAUGACUGGUUCUUGCAUUUAUAGGGUAUUAUCAAACAUUCAAGCACAGGUCAGUGUUUAGACCGAGGACAAGCUGGUGGACAGUACGCUGUGAUGAACCCUUGCGAUGGUCGAGAUUCCCAAAAAUGGCUGUUUUCUAAGUACAAGGACUCAUGAAAGUUGUCUCAUGACACCUGUCAGAGACACAUCCCUUUAGUCAUAAAUUAAAAAUUGAUGUAAGCAACGACAGUCAGUUGGCAUCCGCCACUUAACCGAAUUCUCAUGAAAUAAUCCGAUAGUUGACUUUUUCAAUACACAGGACACUUUAUGUCCGCUUAUUUAAGGUUUGGAUGUAUGCCACUAAGUCUACCGAGCCACAGCCAAUUCUCACGCAAACAUUUUUAUGAUAACAGUUCUUAACCCACGCGCUGUCUCUUUUGUAUUGUAAUUUAGAGAACGAGUAGCUAUGGUCCACAUCAAAACGUUCCAUGAAACGUGGCUGUCGCGAGAGCGCCGGCGUGAAUUAAAAUAACGUGUGAAAGUCCGCGAGACAGGCAGAUUGGCUUUUUUACUUUUCGCUAUAUUAUAGAGAAGAACUGAAAAGCUAUGCUGGUAGUUUUGUAUACCAUAGUUUUUAUACUUGAAAUUUGCAACCGAGACAUUCAUGUUAGUUUGUAGAAAUUGAUUUACAACGAGAAGUCUAGACCGUUUAUUAAAAGUUUCGAAAUCUCAGAAAAAAUUUCCCAUUUGUUAUGACCGAAGUGUUUACCGGUUUCUUCGAAUGUCACAACGCCCAACUCAGCUAGAAACGCCUUUUUCGUAUAAUAUGGUAUGUUAUUUUUAGAAAAUGUUAAAAAAAUAUAUGAUGCGAUUGUAUAAUUACAAAAAAUUACAAUUCAGUUUUAUAAUUUCAUUAUUAUAAC